AUGGAUACUGAAUGGGCAUCGAAAAUUCUAUCACAGUUAUUAAUUAAAGAAAAGUGCCUUAAGGAGAAGUACGUUUAUAAUUUGCUGAACAAAUUUGGUGAUGUUAAUCAGAUUAUUCAACACAUGAAUGAAAAGUUGGAAGUCCUUGGCUUUAUAGUUAACAAUGAACUUAUAAAGGGAGAAGAAUAUUUAAUCCUAAAUUGCGGAAAACUUAAAAGGCCUGAAAAUAAUACAAGUGUAGAUGUCGCAUUUAACAUAAAGGAAGAAUAUUUAUUUAAUUCUCAUUUCAAAAAGAAUGAAAUAAGUUUGUAUUACUUAAUAAUUGAUUAUAUUGUAAAUAAUAAUAAGUACUUAAAAAUUGAUUGUGAUGAAACAUCUUAUGAAAGUUUGUGCUUAAAGUUGAACAUAAAAAAUACAAAUGUCCAAAAAUCAAUACUAGACAAAUUAAUAGCAUAUAACUGGUUGAAAUUUGAAGAUGGUCAGCUGGCUCCGGGACUUCGUUUUUUUACAGAUUUAAUCAAAUUUUUUCCGCUUAACAAUCUAGAUAAGUGUUCGCUCUGUAACAAUUCAAUAAUUGUAAAGAAUAUGCAGUGCACAAAUUGCUUGUCUGUUUAUCAUAUUCACUGCUUUAAUGCGCUCGCAAAAAAAUUAGAACUAUGCUUUAUAUGCAAAAACUCAUUAUAA